CAGCUUGUGCAUGGAAAAAGGAAACUAUGUAGGAAGCUGGUAGCAUUGAUUGGUUUAGCUAUAAAAGUCCUUGCAAAUGCACAAAAGGGAAAUAGCUUUAGCUUAAAAAAAGCUGAUCCAAAGCUCUGCUUUGUCAAUCACCAAGGCAAAUGUGUUCCCAAUUGGUUAACCAAAGAGGGCAGAGGUGUUCCACCAGUACUGCCGCUGUUUGGUACUAUCAUAAAACUUACAAUCACUUUUUUGCAUUGAUGAGCUUAGUUCACUAACAACGACCAACCUUUGAAGCCAUCAACUCUAUUUAGUCAACACACAUCGCUCCCAAGAUUCAAGGAUUCCCGGUAGAUCUCGAGCAACACAUUCGAUCCAUUCAUAAUACUGUACUAUUUUCAGCCUUCUACAAAAUCUCGGAGAAAAUUACCAUAGGAAGCCUCUUGUUAUGGAUAAGAAGAUACGGGCUAAAAUGGUAAAAUUAACUCCAUUUGUCACACUCUAUACCUAGCUCAUUUAGAAGUAAGGGAGAUGUAAUUUACAUAUACCUUUGUUUUGUUUGAAAUUCUGUAUAGCACUUGGACUGAUUUGAAUGUUGGACGCAGCACCUAUCAUAUUUGUUCAUAUUGCGAACUUUUCUGAAUUGACAUAAAGACCCUCGAAAUUGUGGUAGAUUUGAUCCAGUUGUAGACUGUCCUGACUGGGGUUCCUGAGGAGUUGGACUUCAGCCCAUAAUUAAUCAUCCUGUAACUAAUCGGUAAUUUCAUAUACCGGACUUUAUAGCCCCAAUUUUGUGAAUUAUUAAUCCUCUGGUUGAACAGCUCCAAUUUGGAAAUUUGCUUCAUUCUGGUUUGGUUCUUGGAGAAUUGAAUGUGUGGAGUUUGAAAUCAGGAUUUUGUUUCUGGCGGGUGAAGAUUAAGCAGCGACUGAGAAAAUGAUGUUGGCAUUGAGCAAUUUUAUGUUUUGUCCGAAGCAACAAAUGAGUGUUGUGGCCACAGCUGCAUGCCCAGUUUUUCUCUGCCGCCCGAAGAACACUGAAGUAAUUAGGUGGUUGAAUCGAGGGAAGCAGUUUCCUGUUUGUCUCGCGAAUGGGUUUUCGAAGAGAAGGGUAUACGGUGCUGCGGCGAAUUAUGAAGGAUUGUGGGAAGACCCUGACGAUGGAAGUGAUGCUAGUGAAUACGAGGAUGAAUCUGACGAUGAAGAUGAGGAAAUGGAAGAGAAUGACUUGGAUUAUGAAAGUGAAUGGGAAGCCAGUGGAAAUGAGAAAGCUGUUGUUGGUAAUGUUGAUAAACUAUCCAUGAGAAAGUAUGAGGAGGAUCUUGUUAGAGAGGUUGAACAGCUGUUGGGACCUGAAGAAAGAGCAAUUCUGGAACAGAAUGAAGCCCCCAACCUGGAGAAAUUAUCAACUGCAAAAUGGAAGCCUCUCCAUACUUUUGCAUUAGCAGGACAGAUAAAGUUCAUGGAUGGGCUGCUUCAGUGGGGUUAUGAUAUCAAUCUGGUUGAUAAGGACGGCUUGACUGCCCUGCAUCUAGCAGUUAUCGGUAAAAGAGAGGCUGUCAUUAGUCAUCUUUUAAGAAAAGGGGCAAACCCUGAAGUAAAGGAUCAGGAUGGUGCUACCCCACUUCAUUAUGCUGCUCAAGUAGGGGCCUUGCAAACAGUCAAAUUGUUGAUCAAAUACAAGGUUGAUGUGAAUGUUGCUGAUAAUGAAGGAUGGACACCAUUGCAUGUGGCCAUGCAAACAAGGAAUAGAGAUAUAGCAAAGAUUUUGUUAGUCAAUGGUGCCGACAGAACGAGGAGAAAUCAGGAUGGGAAUACACCCCUUGAUCUUAGCUUAUGUUAUGGAAAAGAUUUCAAGUCAUAUGAGCUUGCCAAGUUACUGAAGCAAGUUCCAGCUACCAGAGGCUUUUGAGGGCUUUUCCAGUUCAUUCACCCAUGCAUUUUGGCUCAUCAAGAUUUUGAUAUUACGUUAGAAUGUAGCAUGGGGAUGAGUUGAAAUGUGGCGCAGAAUUUCGGAGGAUAAAGAGUCUAACUUUGCAGCUCCCCUUGAGAUGUAUCUGCAAAGAUACAAUCUUAAUGGAUGUCGAAGAUUUCAUAUAACCAUCUCAAUGCUGGAAAUGCUGAUGUUUGAGGGCAGUACUUUCUGUAAUUUCUGCAUUCAGGCAAGAUAAUGAAUGUCAUGGACUGGUGAAUCUUAAUGUGGCAGCAAAUGAAAUGAAAACUUUGUCCAUGUUCUUGUUCCAAGAAUAUACUCUUGUUACCUGUA